AUGGAAAAUUUUAACAUUCUAUUAGAUAUUCUGUCGAACAAUAUUAAUCGCAUCGAUUCUACGAAUGGGAUCAUGUUAAUUCAAAAUAUUAUAAACUUUGAGAAAUGGUGGGAAUUACCAUCAUUAACUCUAAGUAAAUAUGUAUUUUUCAUUAAGAUUCUUUGUUCCAGUGUCCCCAAAUGGUGGCAAGAUGUUUCAAUGAUCUUAAUUUCAAAUUUUACUUUAUCUAUCAAGAUGACUCAAUGUCAUCAUGAUAUGCUUAAAUAUUUCUUAAGAAUGAUCCCUUCUUCAAUGGGAUUUAUUGACUCUUAUUUGACUAGGUUCUUCCCUAAUAAGAAUGAUACCAGUUCAAAAACUGUCAAUUAUAUUGCUAAUCUUUUGUUUUUAACUGAAUAUUGUAAAGAACUGAAGUUUCAAAUUUGGUCUUUACUUGUAGAAAGAAUUAUUUCCAUUGAUGUGGAAUUACAAAAUGAAUUAGAUGAAUUGGAUGAUGAAAUUGAAGACGAUUUAGAAGAAGAAAUUGAAAAUGAUAUCGAAUCAGAUGAUGAUGAAGAAGAAGGUGAUGAUCAUAUGAAGAGUGACAGUGAAGAAGAAGACGAAGAGGCAGCUUCAGAUAAUGAAGAUGAAGAUGAAGAUGAAGACGAAGAUGAAGAAGGUGAAGAAUAUAAUAUUGAAGCAACACAAGGUAUCAAAGAACUUUCGACUAAAUUAGAUUCGAUACUCACACUGAUAACGGAACAUAUUUCUAAUGCAUUAACUCCAGAAAGUCUGGAGACCGGUGAUGGAGUAGCACUUUUCAACACAUUAACAACGUUAUUCAAGACCCAUGUCUUACCUACAUACUACACAAGAUCCAUCCAAUAUAUCAUGUUCCAUAUUUCUCAACAACAGUUAGAAUUGAUGGAUUCAUUUUUGGUGACUUUGAUUGAUAUAGCAUUUUCUCCCAAUGAAGCAGCAGAGAAAAAAAUCAAGUCAUUACAAUACUUGGGAUCAUACAUUGCUCGUGCUAAAAAAUUAUCAAGAACACAGAUUGUAUUUGUUGCCAGUUAUCUAACAUCGUGGUUAAAUCGUUAUGUCAUUGAAAGAGAAGAGGAAGUGGAUCAACCUGGUGGGAUGGAAAGGUUUAAACAAUUUUAUGCUGCAUUCCAAUCCUUAUGUUAUAUAUUCUGUUUUAGACAUAAUCUUUUCCGGGAUUGCGAUGGUGAAUGGGAAUGUGAAUUAGACAAAUUUUUCCAAAGAACGAUUAUAUCGAAAUUUAAUCCUUUGAAAUAUUGUAAUGAAAAUGUUAUGUUAAUGUUUGCCAGAAUUGCUCAACAUGAGGAUGUGGCAUAUUGUUUUAGUAUAAUUGAAAAUAAUAAUAAUGAAAGAUUAAGAGGGAUAAUUGGUAAAGUGGAUACAUCUAAGAGGGACACAUCCGAUUUUGUUAAGGUGGGGACUGUCUCAUCCACGUGGUCUCUAGCAACGAGACAACAAUUCAUUGAUUUACAGAGUUAUUUCCCAUAUGAUCCAUUAUUUUUAAGGAAUUAUAAAAGAAUGAUGAAAGAAUAUUAUAUUGAAUGGAGUGAGGCCAGCGGGGAUUUGGAGAGCGAUGAAUCAGAUGAUUAG